UAUAAAGUCGGCGACUGUGUUCAAUACCGAGGAGAAGCUUGUCGUCAAUACCUCUCCGGUAGAAUGAUAAUGUUGACCAGUGAGAGCCGAGAGGAUAUGUAUGACAUUGAUCGAAAUUUACGUGCUGCUACUAUGUUCAUAGAUAGCUCUCCCUCCAUUUCUCAGCAAUGCCGACAGAUUUCUCAGGCAGUGGCUUGCUUCCAUAUGUAUAAGGUAUGCAACACGACUUCACCCAUUCCUUCCAAACAACCCUUGGCUAUAUGUAAAAAGGAUUGUGAACUAAUACAGAAAGAAAUCUGCCCUUCUGAACUGGCGUUGGCCGCAGAGCACGACCUGGUUGGAGAUGGUCCAAAAGCAUUGUUUCCCUCAUGUCCUGCUCUUCCAACUGCAGGAUCGUGUAUCCCCAUCUUAGACGCUCAGCGAUCACAAAUGUCGACUUCUUCGGAAACUCCUCGUGGUCAUUUAACCCACUGGUGUUAUGUCAACACAGGAAUGAAGUAUGAAGGAGCUGUUUCAACCACUGAGAGUGGGAAAACAUGUUUGAAUUGGUCUGAGAG